UCUGUCCGUCAGUCGGUCGGUCUGUCUGCGCUGCUGAGCUCCGUGUCUGGACCGUGUUCUCCUCCUCAGACACCGACACCGACACUCGUUCAGCUGACGGAGUUACGGUCCACACUGCGAUGGUCACGCCGACACUCUGGACUUCAACAGCAGAGCCGCCAGAGCUGCAAUGAAGGCAGGGGCCUCGUCCAUGUGGGCUUCAUGCUGUGGACUGCUGAAUGAGGUCAUGGGUACCGGGGCGGUCAGAGGUCAGCAGCCAGGGUUCGGGGCCGGCGCCGGACCCUUCAGAUUUGCACCCAGUGCAGGAUACUCUACAUACCCGCCCAACAGCUCAGGUAGUCCCAGCCUUGUAUGCAAGACCUGUGGCCAGGCCUUCUCAGUCUUCAGGAGAAAGUAUAUUUGUAGCGACUGCAAGAAGUGCUUCUGCUCGCUGUGCUCGGUGCUCCAGGAGAACCGGCGCCUCUGUGCCACAUGUCAUCUACUCAAAGCGACCGCCUUUCAGAGGCCUCGGCUCAUGCGUCUGCGAGUGAAGGACCUGCGCCAGUACUUGCUGCUUCACAACAUCCCCAUAGAUACCUGUAGGGAGAAGGCAGACUUGGUGGACUUGGUGCUGUGUCAUCAGGGCAUUGAGGAAGAGGAGGACCCCGACACCGGCAGCCUUCACUCGCGCUCCCUGUACACUCCUUCAACCACACAGUCUGCCUCUGAGCUGUCUGCUUUUGCUGCGUCGCGGGAGGAACCGCUGAGCAGGAGCGACAGCUCCGAUAACAACCAGGAGGAUGCGACGUCAGUGUCUCUCCUCAACUUGGACCCCAGCGAGCUCACGCCCGAGGCGAGUCCGCAGACUCGACGCCGGGCCAGAGCGUCGCUGUCCGACAUCUCCAGCCUGAGGGACAUCGAAGGUCUGUCGGUGAGGCAGCUGAAGGAGAUCCUGGCCAGGAACUUUGUCAACUAUUCCGGGUGCUGUGAGAAGUGGGAGCUGGUGGAGCGCGUCGGCAGACUGUACAGAGAGACGGAGGGCAACAGGAAGUCAUUGGAAAACGUGAGCGGUGCUGUAAACACAGUGGUGGCCUUCCCCCCUCCCAUCUGCAAUGGUGCCAUCGGAGACGGCGAGAAGGGCCCGCUGACGCUGCACGACGACGGCCUCUGCAGGAUCUGCAUGGACGCCGUGAUCGACUGCGUGCUGCUGGAGUGCGGCCACAUGGUCACGUGCACCAAGUGCGGCAAGAGGAUGAGCGAGUGUCCGAUCUGCAGGCAGUACGUCGUGAGGGCCGUGCACGUCUUCAAGUCCUAGUCCUGAGCCUGAGCCUGAACCUUAACUCGACCUCGCUGCUCGUCUUGUGGACAUUUCCAUGUUUGCAUUUCCGUCGUCUGCACAUCAUGGGAAGUGUGUAUUUCCACCACGUCAUACAGGACCACUGCGAGUCAUUCCUCAAGUGAACAUCAUCUAUAAUCUAUGCUCAUUCCUAAAUGUCUUGUUUCGUUUUUCUCACUAAAAACUUUCAACUCAAAAGAAUGUGUGGCACUCGUGGGCCGCGUGCACUCUCGCCCCCCUCAGAGCGCUCUGUGAACUGCAGCCGGCCUUAAACUCCUCCCUUUUUCUCUCUCGACAUCUGCUGCAAACGUGAAGACGUAUCUUAGUAACGCGGAGGACAGAGACCGAACCCCCGAACACUGACUGCAGAAGAGAAAGCAACAACUCUCAUCAGAACAGCAAUAGCUAACCUCCUCCACCGUCGUCUCGCCGAGACAAAAAAACUGGUGCUAACUCCUCCCAACGUCCCGUUUAAGUCUGAAGCUGCACUGUGGACGUGGAGCUGAAUGUUUGUUUGUUUUUCACGCUCGUGGAAUGAAGUAUGAGUAACGAUAUAAACGUCACGUUCACACCCGUGGUAUAGAAAGUAUAUAGAAAUGAUGACUUGCUAAUUUUUUUUGCAUAUAUUGUCCCAUGUGAGAUGUGUAUAUAUAUACAUUUUUUUAUUUCGUUUAGAUUGAAAUUGAGUUUUUCUUUGAUUAUGAGUUGUUUUUUUUCUUUUCUUUCUAAUCCCACUCGCGUGUCCAUCCUCUCUCUCUCUCUCUCUACUGUACCCACACGAGUUCACAGUUGCUGCUAAUACAGUAAAGACAUCCCAUAAUCACAAUGAAGAGUAGCGGAGCAGGUUGCACUUUUCGUUUUAGAGAGGGGGAUUAUGUGUGUGCAAGUUUUCUCUUUAGUAUUUUGGGAAUGUCAAACGUUUUAUUUUGGUAAUUAAAAGAUUUAAAUUAAA